AUUUCAUUGGUUGAUAUUGUCUGGGGUACGCGUCAUGGCGUCCUCAUUAUCUGCUAUUCCAUUGGUUCCUCAAACACGUGACGUAUUAUUAAUUCAAUCGCAAAACCUAAAGAUUGCAGAAAAUUUUAUCAAAUUGCGCGAAUUCGCACAACAAUAUUUCAUCAGUUAUUUACAUACUGGCAAAAAAAGUUUUUGAAAUUUUUUUUUUGUAAUUUUAUUCGAAAAAACACUGGAAUUUUAAUUGUUACACUUUUCUCCUGACAAUUAUUGAGAAAAUGUUAAAAUUAGGACGUAAUGGAGUACGUUUUGCUAGUUCAACAUCCGUUGCAACGGCAGAUACCAAAGCAGCUAAACUUAUCGAUUCAAUAAUACGAGUAAAUCAUGCUGGGGAAUUAGGAGCUGACAGAAUUUACGCUGGACAAAUGGCUGUCUUAGGCAAAUCAUCAGUGGGUCCAACGAUUGAACACAUGUGGGAUCAAGAGAAGAAACAUAGAGAGAAAUUUGAGGAGCUGAUUCGAAAGUACAGAGCAAGACCAACAGCUCUGCUUCCAAUAUGGAAUGUCGCGGGAUUUGUUUUGGGUGCUGGUACAGCGCUUAUGGGUGAGAAAGCCGCGAUGGCUUGUACAGUAGCCGUUGAAACUGUUAUUGUUGAACACUACAAUGAUCAAUUACGUGCAUUAAUGGAGGAUAGUAAUAAAGACAAUGGUGUUGAUGAAGAAUUAUUAGAGACCAUCAAAAAAUUUCGCGACGAAGAACAGGAGCAUCAUGAUACGGGAAUAGAUCUUGGCGCUGAACAAGCUCCGCUUUAUGACGCUCUGACAAAAAUUAUCAAAGCAGGAUGUAAAACUGCUAUUGCGAUAUCUAAAGUCGUAUAAAUUUUAGCGACUGCUUGUUUAUAUUAUAAUUUAAUUGAUGCUCACGAAAGACUGUUAUUGAUGAAAUAUUAUAUUGUAUAUAGUACUCAAACUACUUUUAAAGUAUAAAAAUAAAUUAAAACGUACAAGAUAAAGUCAGUUA